AGCUAAAAACAGCUGGAGCUCUGGGUACUUGCCGGUAGGUGGUGUGUGACAACUGUGGAAGAGUAAUUCGUUUUACAUCUUGGAUAUGGCACCUACAGCAAGAGUGGCGUUGGCAUCGAGUUCGUUAUUGAAAAGUAAUCAGAAUGUUAUUUCAGCGGUUGCUACGAGAGCCAGUUCAUGGUGGUCUCAUGUUGAGAUGGGACCACCAGAUGCUAUUCUAGGAGUAACAGAGGCUUAUAAGAGAGAUACCAACCCAAAGAAAAUUAACCUAGGUGUUGGUGCUUACAGAGAUGAUAAUGGGAAACCAUUUGUUCUACCCAGUGUUAGAGAGGCAGAAGACAAAAUAAGAGCAAAGAAUAUGGACAAAGAAUAUGCACCAAUUGCUGGAAAUCCAGAAUAUUGUAAGCUAUCCAUACUCUUGGCACUGGGAGAUAAUAGUGAAAUAGUGAAAAAUGGUUUGAAUGCUACCUUGCAGGGAAUUUCUGGAACUGGAUCCUUACGUAUUGGUGCAGCAUUUCUUGAAAAGUUCUUCCCAGGCAACAAAGAAGUGUACCUGCCAACCCCAUCAUGGGGUAACCAUACCCCAAUUUUUAAGCAUGCUGGCCUUAAUGUAAAGCAGUACCGUUAUUAUGAUCCAAAAACUUGUGGAUUUGAUUUCCAAGGUGCUUUGCAGGACAUAGCAAAAAUUCCAGAAAAAUCGAUAAUUCUGUUCCAUGCGUGUGCUCACAAUCCCACUGGUGUAGACCCAAAACCUGAACAGUGGAAAGAAAUAGCGAAUGUUGUGAAACAGAAGAAGCUAUUUCCAUUUUUUGAUAUGGCUUAUCAAGGAUUUGCUUCAGGUGAUGUAACUCGUGAUGCUUUUGCAGUAAGGCACUUUGUCCAAGAAGGUCAUCAAAUAAUUUUGACCCAGUCAUAUGCCAAGAACAUGGGAUUAUAUGGUGAAAGAGCUGGUGCGUUUUCACUUAUUGCUGGGAGCAAGCAAGAGGCCGAUACAACGAUGUCUCAGCUGAAGAUCUUAGUAAGGCCAAUGUACUCCAAUCCACCCAUUAAUGGUGCUCGCAUAGUUACAGAAAUUCUGUCCGACCCAACUCUCAAAGCUAAGUGGCUGAAGGACGUGAAAGGAAUGGCAGACAGAAUCAUUUCUGUGCGCACACAGUUGCGGGACAACUUGAAGAAGGAAGGCUCCACCAGGGACUGGUCACACAUAACUGACCAGAUUGGCAUGUUUUGCUUCACAGGCAUGAACCCACAACAGUCAGAACGUCUGACAAAGGAAUUCAGUAUCUACCUCACGAAAGAUGGCAGAAUUUCAAUGGCUGGUGUGACAACGAAAAAUGUUGAAUAUCUUGCCCAUGGAAUACAUCAAGUAACAAAAUAAAAUGGUGUAUGCUGUACAUGCUGAUGAAUUCAGGUCCGUGCAGACCGAUAUUUUAGACAACCAGUGAGAUUGUGAUGUGUAUUCGUGUUAUCUUUAACCUCUUCAAUGACAAACUGGAGGUGUCAAGCAAUUUUUGUUAGUACCAUGUUGUGAAAGUUUUUCCUUGUGGGUUUGAUAUUAUAAUUGUCUUGAGUAACUUUUUACAGCAGAAGUCAUUUGCAAUUAUAGGAGAUAUGUGCAAGACUGCUACACCGCAUUUUAUGAACUUUUUCUAGUGUUAACAUGCUUCAAAUAAUUGUUUUAAGUGCCACAGUUAUAGACGUGUCUUUAGGCAUUGAUUAUUUAUGGACUUUUUCUAGUGUUAACGUGCUUCAAAUAAUUAAGAGCCACAGUUACAGGUGUGUCUUCAGGCAUUGAUUUUUUAAGAAAAAAAAUGAUUAUUUUUUCCAAACAGUCAGUGAACUAUGUUGCAUUAACAUUAGUAAGCUUUUGCAUUUAUUAGAGCAUUUUAUUAUAUUUGUAUUAGUUUAUUAGUUACGCUGGCAGAUCUUGCACAUGUAUAAUGUAUAUAAAUGUAAGUCCCUCAAAAAAUGUGAUCAGAAGCUCAGAGAUGUAAUUAUUGUUGUUAUAUGAAAUAGAAAUUUUUAAGUUACAAAUUAAAA